GUAGAAGGACAAAGUUGGAGAACAAAUUGAAAAUACCAAAAAAAGGUAAAAAAAAAAAAAACGACGUCGUACCCCUCCCUGGUUUAAUGCGCAAAGCCCGAUUUAAUUACAAAUUUUCCAACUCGUUAAUUUUGAUGUACUAUUAUUGUUGUGGUAGAUUUUGAUCGUUGAUUGAAAUUUGAGAGAGAGAGAGAUGGUGCUGGUUUUAGCGCUGGGGGAUCUACACAUCCCGCACAGGGCUGCUGAUCUUCCUGCUAAGUUUAAGUCUAUGCUUGUUCCUGGAAAGAUUCAGCAUGUUAUUUGUACUGGUAACCUGUGCAUUAAAGAGGUUCAUGAUUACUUAAAGACUCUAUGUCCUGACUUGCAUAUUACUAGAGGCGAGUAUGACGCAGAGACACGUUACCCGGAGACCAAGACUCUGACCAUUGGUCAAUUUAAGCUUGGAUUAUGCCAUGGCCACCAGGUUGUUCCAUGGGGUGACUUGGACUCAUUAGCCAUGCUUCAAAGGCAAUUAGAUGUAGACAUACUUGUUACUGGCCACACCCAUCAGUUCACUGCAUACAAACAUGAAGCAGGUGUUGUUAUAAAUCCAGGAUCUGCUACUGGUGCCUACAGUAGCAUCACCUAUGAUGUCAACCCUAGCUUUGUUCUCAUGGACAUUGACGCCCUGCGUGUUGUGGUCUACGUUUAUGAACUCAUUGAUGGUGAAGUCAAAGUUGACAAGAUUGAUUUCAAGAAGACAACAACACAGAAUGCUAAUUGAAUAACAAAACUUGUAAUUCAGCUGAUUUUAGUGGAAUCCUAAGAGUCGCUAAGACAUCAUUUUCCUUUGCUUGCUUAUUUUCAAGGCUCUUUAUUAUGCUGUCUUUGCUCUUUAUUUUCCAGUCUAUUGUGUUAUUCAGGUUUAUGUCCAGUUACUUGAGUAUGUGCAUUGAAAAUUCAGUUGGUUAAUUGGAAAGGUUCACCGUUUUUGGUGCUCCUAAAUUCCCUUUUCUUUA